AGGUUACAGUGAUGCAUCGCAAUGUAUGGUAACUGGAGCGAGGAGGGGGCGGUGGAAGAUCGAACUCCCGCGCAUCUCGCGGUGCUGAUAGCGCUCUACGUGCUGGUGUCAGUUGUUGGUAUUAUAGGCAAUGUAAGCCUUAUGGCUGCACUAGCGUCAAACGGAGCGAGCAGGCUGCGCACGCCGCAGUUGCUCAGCGCAUGCGCAGCGGAUCUGCUCGUGUGCGCGGCCAGUGCACCGCUGGCCGCCACGCGGGCUGCACAUAUUCAGCACCUGCCGUGCCAUGUUACAUAUUAUAUUGAGUCAUUCCCGGUCGCAGCCAGCACGCUGUCCCUGGUUGCCAUGGCAGCGGACCGCUGUGGGGUCGUGCGCCGUGGUCGGAGCACACUCUGUUCUCGACCAUUCUUAGCUGUAGUCUUAGUGUGGAUAUCUGCACUCUUAUUGGGUGGAGUUACAGUGAUAGCAACAUGUCUAUCCUGUCCACCGCUAGCUGCAGCACAUGCGGUCAUCACAUACUGCGUUCCAGUCAUUGCUGUCACCAAAUGCCAUUGGGCAGUGCGGGUCAAACUCACCGCUCUGUCACUGACAGCGCGGGCAGCUCACGGCGAACUGCCGCUUCCUGUACCUCUCAUUCGUAGACCAACACAUGUCAUUAUAGUAGCGGGUGUUGGGCCUAGAGAACGCCGCGACGCCGUGGAUGUCGGCGACGUUAGAGCAAAGAAACUGCAGCCUAGCCUUCUCGGCCCUCAACCGCAAACUUCGACGUUACGUUCGCGUCGGCGCCUCGGAAACGUGUUGAUUGGGAUCGCCGCGAUAUUCGCUGCAUGUUGGUGUCCACACGCAGCCAUAGUGAUAUGCAGUGCGUUUGGACUCAACGCCCCAAUUGUUGUAUGUCAAUACGCGUUGCUGCUCGGUCACGCGCAUUCAGCGCUGAACGCAGCGGCGUACUGGGUGUUGAAUAGACACGCGUUGACAGCUGCCUGCGCUGCGUGGAGGAUGCCACAGCUGCGGGUCAGGGAAGAGCGUCCGUCGUCAACGAACGAGGCAGCCCUGGGUGCGUUCCACCCGCGCCUCGCCCGCCCCGCGCCCUCGCCCCGCCCGCCUCCUUCUAGCUUCCUAUAUUGAUAUAAAUUUAUCUUCUAAGCUCUUUCGAUCUGUGAUUCCUGUCUCUCAGUGCCUCGUAUAGUCUACGCGCAGGAGCGCCGCUCGUUUCGUCGUUAUAAACAUGGUUGUUUAUGAUU